AAUGUGAAUCUUUUGGGGAUCUUCCAGAUCUUUCCACUUAUUAUGGAUCUAGAAGCAUGUUUGAUCAGCAUAGGGACAUGAGACUUGACAUUGAUGACAUGGGCUAUGAGGAACUUCUUGCACUGGGAGAAAGAAUUGGCCAUGUAAAUACUGGUUUGUCAGAGGAGCUGAUUUCAAAGUGUCUGACCGAGUCAAUUUAUUGUUCCUCGGACCAAAUUCAUGACGAAGGAAAUUGGGUUAUCUGGUUGGAAGAGCAUGUGAACAUGGAUGCUGUCAGGACGCUGAAAUCGUGCAGCCAUGAUUUUCAUGUGGGGUGCAUAAGAAAAUGGUUGUUGAUGAAGAACGUGUGUCCGAUCUACAAGAAAACUGCUUUGGAUGACGACGAUAUGAAAGAAAAAUGAUCUAUUUAGUUAUGACCUAUUGGCAUAGACUUUGUGUAAAUAUGUAUUUAGAACAUUUCUCCAAUGAGGGAAAAACUAGCUUCACCUCAAAAUUUGUACAGGAAAUGUUGUAUUAUCAUCAGUCAUCCUUUCAAAUGUUCAAAGGAUCUCUUUGUAUCUCUCUCUUUUUUGUUUGCACUGUGAAAUCGAAGUGCAAGCUAGGCUGCAAUAUUAAAAAGGAUUUUACAUGAAAAUGAAAAAGACGAAUGAUAGCAAGGACUUAGGGAUUUUGUGUUCUAAAGAGUAUUUUAGGGAUUACAAAAAGAGUAGAAAUAAAAUAGUAACAAGUCGAAAGUGAUCAACUUAUGACUUUUGGCU